CUCAAGCGCGCGCUCUCUCUAUAUAUAGUCUGGCUCUGCGCGCCCCGUACGUCCAGCCAUCCUGCUGCCUUCUCUAGCUAGUCUACAUACUUGCGUGUUGGUUCACAAUGCCAAGAGCUCUCGCCUCCGGUGGUGCGGCAGCCGGCUUCGGCCCGCCGUGGCUCGUGGUGCUCGGCGUGGCCGUAGUCUCCGUAUGGGUAGUCUCUCUCGCCGUCCUCCUCUGCGGCGAUAGCUCGGAGAAGAAAGCCGGCGUGAAGCGGAGACCGACAUACAGCGGCGGUGGCGCUGCAGCAGCAGCUGCUGCAGCUAGCAUCGGAGGUGGGAGCGCGGGCUGUGGUGGAGGAGGUGGUGGUGGCGGCGGAGGGGGCUGUGGUGGAGGUGGCGGUGGUGGCGGCGGAGGGGGCUGUGGUGGAGGUGGCGGUGGCGGUUGCUAGAGGUGGUCGCAUCGGAUGCGUCAGCUGCAUCCAGUUGCACUAGUGCAGGAAGCCAGAUCAGAUAUAUGAAUACUGCGCGGUUAAUCGCAGGAAGCGGUUCUCUAUAUUAUUGGUGUGAUUAUUAAUUAGUUGUUGCUUGUUGUCAAGGUAUGAUCGAUCUGGUGCUAUAUAUUAGCUUGAUGUAAUAAUGGAAUAACACUAUGAAUCCGUAUUCCUAGA